AUGGCGUUACGCUAUCCAACUGCCCUUGGAAUAAAGGCAAUCUUCUCUACUCUCAAAUGGCCACAAGGCAACGUUGAGGUAGAACGCUUCAUGCAACCCUUGGGAAAUUCCCUGACAGCUUCUAAACUUUACGGUCGUGCGUGGAAAGACGAUCGACAAGGAAUGUCAAGCAACCAGAACGAUAUGGCUAGGAAAUUCUCUCGUCGAGAAUCAGAUAAGAAAGGCGAGUGA